AUGAAUGCUAGGCGUAUUUGUAUGAUUGAGACGCGAUUGUAUAAAUUGAAUAAUGCUACAGAUGAACUGAAUCGUGUGUUUGUAUCGUUGCGUCAGGCUUGCUGUCGAGAUAACGGACAGCUUGGAACUCCUUGUCGAUUAAAGAUGAUGGAAUUGGUUGAGCUGCGUGCGAUGGGAUGGAGACCCAGUCUAGCUCAUACUCAAUACUAUCUUAAUCGUCCUGAACAACCUCCACAAAUCGAACCAGGUCCAGUAAGCGCUCCUCCGUUCGGUGCCAUCCCAGUGAAUCCUUUCGGCAACUAUGCACCUCCACCACCACCGUUGUACGUCGGUAGCGAUAUGGGAACAACACAAGUGAUUGCUCCUCAGCCAACGCAAGCCAGUUUCUAUCUCAUUCCGGCUGCAGGAGGAUGGGCAAGGCCAAUGAUUGCUCCCGGUGUAGUGCCACCAACAAACAUUCUUCCUCAAGUUUCACCAAUCGAUAUGGAGGCUUGGGCAAAAGCCAACAAAACUCAAUCAUCGAAGUUAAAGCUAAAAACACCUCAAAACAGGACUCCACAGCUACGGGAUGAAAUGCUCAUUCGAAAUAGCGAUUCGGGAAAAAUUAUGGGUGUGAAAGGACGUCGUGUGGCAGUGGUAGAAGAGUUGAGCAAAACGGUAAUUUCAUUUCAAAAGGUCGAUCCGAAGAGUAAGGAUCGUACACUGACUAUAACGGGUAGCACUCAAGAAUCAAUAGACUAUGCGAAACGUUUAAUUGAACAAACAAUACGCCGUAAUGUAUCACCGAAUCGCUCAGAUAACGGUGGACCAGAAGUAGAUGACAAUGAGGAAGAAGAUGUUGGAAUAUCAAUUGAAACAACUCAAGAUGGCACCUUGAAGCUGUCUUGUGCUGAUCCACAGGUCCUCCAGGCAGCUCAAGCAGCUUUGAGUGAAUAUUUGACGCGAGCAGGACGUAGUCAUUCGAAACUGUCAGCAGAAGAGCGCGAAUUACGCAAAGAACGUCGCAAAUCGAUGCCGCUUUCGUCAUCUUCUUCUAACCGCGCGAAUGUUACGAAAUUCAUGACGAAUGCGAUUAACUGGCAACGCCUAAUUCAGCUACAUAUUAAUUCUAGCGAGUGGCGCUCAACGGGUAAAACCGGAAGCACACCUAACUUGGCACGUCUGGUGUCUUCCGAUGUCGCUCGCUAUUCACGUUCGCAGAUGCUCGAACUGCGAUUCGUACCAGGCCGGCUCGAUACGAAAACGACCAAGACUGUUAACGAACUCGAAAUAAUGCGUCCUUAG